GGAGAAGAUAAUAAUAAAUUAAGCAUAUGAUUCAUGGAACGUGAGAAUUAAGAGUGUAACUUUUGUCUUAUAUCCUUUGACUUCAUGUCCUAGUCUGAAAUGGUGAAAUUGGCAACUGAAAACAACACCAGCUGAGGUGAAAAUUAUGGUUAUGAAGUGAAGUGUAGUACCCAUGUGUGAAAUUUCAAACUUGGAAAGGAAAGGGAGAGAGAAAAGGUGAAAAAUAUAGUGGAGGGAAGAUGGAAAUUAUUGAUUUUAUUUGUCCUCUUGAGUCUUUUCUUGCCAAAAACAGUGAAAACUCAUGAAAGUGUUGGACAUUUCAGGUCAUCUUCUUCAAUCAAAGAGGACCCAUCAUUUUUUUUAAAGCUUAGUUUGCCUCUCUUCCUGCUCAUGGAUCCCAAGGGCUCAAACUCAAAGAACCCACAUGAACUACCUAGCUUUUUGACCCAACCUCCUCAAACCCUACAACAGCACCAAAACCAAAGCCAACAACAGCCACAGAAGGCAAGCAUGGGAGAGAACAAACCAGCAGAAAUAAAAGAUUUCCAGAUUGUAAUUGCAGAUAAAGAAGAUCAAAAGAAGCAGUUAGCACCAAAAAGAAGCUCAAACAAGGACAGACACACAAAGGUUGAAGGUAGAGGAAGGAGAGUAAGGAUGCCAGCUCUUUGUGCAGCAAGAAUCUUUCAAUUGACCAGAGAAUUGGGUCACAAAUCUGAUGGGGAAACAAUUCAGUGGCUGUUACAGCAAGCAGAGCCUUCCAUAAUUGCUGCAACUGGGACAGGAACAAUACCAGCCUCAGCCUUGGCAGCUACUGGUGGAUCAGUUUCACAGCAAGGAACCUCUGUAUCAGCUGGAUUGCACCAAAAAAUUGAUGAAUCAGGUGGGUCCAGCAGUAGGACCAUCUGGCCAAUGCUAUGUGGCAAUUUAUCUAGACCCCAUCAUGUGGCAACAACAGGAUUAUGGCCCCCAUUAGGUGGGUUUGGGUUCCAGACAUCAUCUACAACUGGUCCACCAACAACAAAUUUGGGGAAUGAGAGUUCUAGUUAUUUGCAAAAAAUUGAGUUUCCUGGGUUUGAAUUGCCAGGAAAUAAUAUGGGUCCUGUGAAUUUUACCUCAAUUUUGGCUGGAAGUAACCAGCAGCUACCUGGCUUGGAGCUUGGUCUGUCACAGGAUGGCCAUAUUGGGGUUUUGAACCCACAGACUUUGAGUCAGAUUUACCAGCAAAUGGGGCAGGCUAGAGUGCACCAGCAACAGCAACAGCACCAGCACCAGCAGCUGCACCAGCAGCAGAAUCUUGCUGAGGAUGAUUCUCAAGGUUCAGAACAGUAAUAGCAGUUCAGUUUAGGCAUGCUUGUUGAUUUUGGAAAGGUUUGUGUUGUAUAAUUGGUGAAAAAAUGUGAAGAGGAAAAAAAAAAUUACAAAAGGAAGUUCAAUAGGAACUGGAUUUGGUUUGGCUCUUACUCUCCCCUUCAUCACCCACAUCUCCAUAUACAGGUGGAAUUGUGCACAGCCAAAUAAUUUGGAUUUGGGAUUUUCUUAUCCAACUCAGAAAGGAGAUUGUGGUGUAGAGUUCCCUGUAUUUGAAGCAUGACAUCUUGACAUGGAGUAUCAAGUGGAAGCAAAAUUCUGGAUACCCAUUUGAUCUUUGGUAGAACUUUUGUGUGUAUGUUUGAUUUUCAGAAUUCCAUUUCAUUAUGAUUGAUGUUCCAGUGGAUAUUUCAUGGCAUAUACAUAAUAUACUUUGUCCUAAUUAUUUCUUGUGUACCAGAAUAUUUUUAUCAUAAUAAAAAAAUUUUAAAUGUUUGCUUCUC